GGAAAAACUUCGAAAAGUGUAGCUGAAGGCACCGAAAUCAAACACCUUGAAAAACGUUACUGUGUCUGAGCAUAUUUUCCUUCCGGACGCUCCGUCAUGGCUAAAUUCCCGACAUGGACUUUCUUGAUAAUCUGUCUGCUGGCUUUAGAAGGCCUGUCCCAGGACUUUGACCUGUCCGACGCUCUGUUCGACAACGUGCCCACCAAAGCGCCCGCAGCCACGCCCAAACCCAGACCAGCAAGACCGGGAGGAGGAGAUCUGGACCUGUCAGACUUCUUUGAUGUGAAACCCACGAGAAAACCCAUCACCACCAAAGCACCAGCCAAACCAAAGCCCAAACCCAAACCACAGCCAGCUGCAGAUGACUUUGACCUGAGUGAUGCUCUGGACCCGAAAAAUGACCUUCCUGGGAAAGACAAAGGUAACAGAGGAGGUGGCCAGUUCUCGGACAGCGACCUGCUGGACAUCGCAGAAGGUGGAGCUUACACUCCGGACAAAGGCAAAGGAGGACGUGGAGGUCCGGCAAUCCCUGCAGACAAUGCAGACUACGACACCAACGCUGAGGUUGGCACCAUUGCAGGCGUUGCCAGCGCUGUUGCAAUGGCGCUAGUGGGUGCGGUCAGCAGCUACAUCUCCUACCAGAAGAAGAAGUUCUGCUUCAGCGUACAGCAGUCUCUGAAUUCGGGCUAUGUGAAGGGGGAGAAUCCUGAGGGUGUUGUUUUUCAGGAGCCACAAGUUCAUCAAACCUUCCUGCUGCCACCAAAUGCUCAGCCUCCCAGUGGUGACAGCGUGCUGUAAGCCCGACGCAGACCCUCACAGCAGCAACCUCAGGACGUUACCUCCCCCCCCCAACCCCCUCACAAUGCCAAAAGUCCGACUGCCCUUUUCCCCCUCCGGCUGAAGGCAGGAAUAUGAACUCCGGUAAUAUGACUAUGUUCUAGCGUUAGUAAGGAUAGUGCGUGUUUACUGAGGAUGUUCUGUGAAAGCUGCAGUUUCCUCAGGCUGCUGCC